UCCAAAAUGAAGUGGUUUGGAGGUAAUUUUAAGUGUGUAAAGUUCAUUUUAGUGACCAGUUUAUUAAUUCAAUGUGAUGUUUUACAAAAUGCAUUUGUCCAAUGUGAAUUUGAAAACAGUUGGACGUUUUAUUUGGAGCAACCAUGUUGUACGAAUACAAAUGGUCAUCAUUUACGACAUCAUAAAGAUCAUGUUCGUGAAUUUAAUUGUGGAACAAUGUAUUAUAGAACUUUCUUUUUGGAUAGUAAACGUGAUGCGUUAUAUGUCGGUGCAAUGGAUCGUGUGUAUCGACUAAACUUAAGUAAUAUUAGUCAAUCGUAUUGUGAGAGAGAUGUGUUAAAUUUGGAACCAAGUAAUGUGGCGAAUUGUGUAUCGAAGGGGAAAAGUGAGCAUUUCGACUGCCAUAAUCAUAUUCGAGUGAUUCAACCAAUGGGUGAUGGAGGUCGACUCUACAUGUGUGGAACAAAUGCUCACAGUCCGAAGGAUUGGGUCGUUUAUUCGAACUUAACACAUUUACCACGUCAUGAAUACGUGCCAGGUAUUGGUAUGGGUAUUGCAAAAUGCCCAUACGAUCCAGCCGAUAAUUCAACUGCUGUAUGGGUGGAACAUGGUAAUCCUGGUGAAUUACCUGGUCUUUAUUCGGGUACAAAUGCUGAAUUCACAAAAGCUGAUACAGUGAUAUUUCGUACGGAUUUACAUAAUUUAACAACAGGACGGCGUGAAUUCAGCUUUAAACGUACGCUGAAAUAUGAUUCAAAAUGGCUUGAUAAACCAAAUUUUGUUGGAUCAUACGAUAUUGACGAAUAUGUGCUGUUCUUUUUUCGUGAAACUGCUGUGGAAUAUAUCAAUUGUGGUAAAAGUGUCUACUCUCGUGUAGCGCGCGUAUGCAAGAAAGAUACGGGUGGCAAAAAUAUAUUAAAUCAAAAUUGGGCUACGUAUUUGAAGGCACGCUUAAAUUGUUCCAUACCAGGCGAAUUUCCAUUUUAUUUCAAUGAGAUACAGAGUAUUUACAAAAUUUCUGGCGAUGAUACCCGUUUUUAUGGUACAUUCACAACAUCUGCGAAUGGUUUAAUGGGCUCAGCGAUUUGUUCGUUUACCAAAGAGGACAUACAAAAUGCAUUUGCUGGUAAAUUUAAGGAACAAGCAUCAUCGAGUUCAGCCUGGUUGCCCGUUUUAAGUAGUAAAGUUCCCGAACCACGUCCUGGAACGUGUGUAAAUGAUACAGAAACAUUACCGGAUACUGUUUUGAAUUUUAUUCGUUCACAUCCGUUAAUGGAUGGAGCCGUUGCCCAUGAGAAUGAUAAACCUGUGUACUAUAAACGUGAUAUUUUAUUUACGAAAUUAGUUGUGGAUCGUUUGGAGAUUAAUACGAUUGAAACGAAAAUCAAUUAUACGGUUUAUUACGCUGGAACAAAUGAUGGACGCGUUUAUAAAAUCAUACAAUGGUACGAUAAGAAUGGUGAAUCACAUUCAUUGUUACACGAUGUAUUCGAUAUCACACCGGGUGAACCGAUCCAAGUGAUGGAGUUGAGUCGUGAACAUGAAUCAUUGUAUGUGGCAUCCGAUUUUCGAAUCAAACAAGUUGACCUGGUGAUGUGUAAUCGUCGUUACGACAGUUGUCUACGAUGUGUCCAUGACCCAUACUGUGGAUGGGAUAAAGAUACGGAUUCAUGUAAAGCGUAUACACCAGGCUUGUUACAAGAUGUCUCAAAUAGUACGGCAUCAAUUUGUGAUAGUAGCGUUAUUAAGAAGAAAAUGGUUGUGAAUUGGGGACAAAGUUUACAUUUAGGAUGUUUCCUAAAAAUCCCUACCGUAUUAGCAUCACAAACUAUCACAUGGUAUCAUCAUUCCAAGGAAAAGGGACGUUAUCGUAUUAUUUUCAGACCCGAUAAAUAUAUUCAAACCGCUGAACAUGGUUUAGUGAUCAUUGCUGUAACAGAAGCGGACGCCGGUCGCUACGAUUGCCUUAUGGGUGGCUCAUUGUUAUGCUCAUACAAUGUAACAGUGGAUGCACAUCGAUGUACGCCACCAUCGAAAAGUAACGAAUAUCAGAAAAUAUAUUCAGAUUGGUGUCAUGAAUUUGAAAAAUAUAAGUCUGCUAUGAAGUCCUGGGAGAAAAAACAAGCUCAAUGUAAUUCAUCACAGAAUACGAACAAUAAUCAGAAUGGUCAUCCCAACGAAAUAUAUCAUCAACCAUUAGUCUGAUACAACUAAAUUAACUAAAUUAAUUAUUAAAAAACAUACAAAAAAAAAACAGUGGUUU